AUGUUAGGAUGUGUGUCUUUAUAUUUUUUAUGAAUAUUCUCCAUGGUCAUGAAAAAGGUUCCUGAGAACAAUACGUCUCUGAGUAAAGUUACUCGAAGUCCUGAAAAGCCAGAAAAACUAAAAGUGAGUUGUCCUGAGCCUGUUCCCAUUAAAGAGGUCUUAAAUCUCUCAAUUGGAGAAGACACAAUUACAGCUGUAAGUUUUGAUAGCAUUGCAGAUAAUCCAGCACCAAGUGAUCCAAAUCAGUCAUCUAAUGGCGGUCGAAGUACUUCAUAG